GGAACUGGUCACAAACGAGUAAAAAUGGUGUUGGAAAUAUAUUUGGACCUGCUUUCUCAGCCUUGCCGCUCGGUUUACAUCUUCAGCAAAAAGAACAACAUCCAGUUUGAGUAUAAGAAGGUGUCUUUGAUGGCAGGUGAGCACCAUGGGGAAGAAUUCGGCAAGAUCAGCGUAAUGAGAAAAGUACCCGCCAUCCGAGAUGGAGAUUUCUGCCUGGGUGAAAGCAUUGCCAUUAUGCAGUACCUGGUGGAGAAAUAUGGCACCCCGGAUCACUGGUACCCAGCCGAUCUGCAGAAGAGAGCACGGGUGAACGAGUACCUGUCCUGGCAGCAUUCAGCCAUGAGACCCCAUGGGUCCAAGAUUUUCUGGCUAAGGCUCAUGAUCCCAGUGGUUUUGGGCGAGGAGGUUCCCAAAGACAAGAUGGAUGCUGCCGUAGAAGAUCUCGACGGCUCAUUGAAGCUCAUGGAGGAAAAGUUCCUUCAAGACAGACCUUUCAUCGCCGGAGAGGAGAUCUCACUGGCUGAUCUGGUCGCUGUUGUGGAAAUCAUGCAGCCUGUAGGUGCUGGUUUGGAUGUCUUUGAUGGGCGGCCCAAACUGAGCGCGUGGAGGGAUCGAGUCCGGGCUGCGAUCGGUGCUGAACUGUUUGACGAAGCUCAUCAGAGAAUCCUCUCAGCCCAGGAAAUGGCACAAAGCAUGGACGGCAGCAAACUGCAGCACUUCAAAGCCAGGAUCCUCAAAAUGUUCUUAUGAGAAAAGAAAAUGCAAGCUUAUGAAUGCAGAUUUACUCGAGCUUGAUCGUGUAACCUGAAUUUAACUCUCACGGAAAGUUAUGCGAAACAUAAUCAAUAAAAUAGACAACCAGUGUCAAACCUA